ACAAGGCAAAGACGAGUUAUGACAGUCACUUUUGAAUUCGUGUAUUGUUUAGGCUCCAGACCCAAAAGGCGGGAGUUUUCAAUUAUAAUGCAAAUAUCCGGAAUGGGUCCUCAAGAAGCCUUUGUAUUGGCGAUAAGCAUCGUCGGCACGAUGGGCUUUAUCCCCCAUGGUUCUAUUGGGGAAAAGGAUCCCAUCCUAACCGAGGCUUUGCUGCGUGAAGUAGUAGAGCGUAUGGGUAAGGAGUUCAACGAUGCGGCAUCCAGUUACUUCGAGUUCCCACCAGCAGACCGCCACCAGUCACUUAUGGCGCGUGCGCACAAGGAACUCGAGAAUGAACAGCUGGACUACGACUCCUUACUCGACGGCAACCCCAACCCCAGCCUUCGCGAUCAAGAGUACUUGCAGCAUAGCUCCCUUUGGGGCCAUCAGUAUAUGACGGGAGGCGCCGGUGAGGGUGAACAGCGCUUGUUACCAUCUGGAGUGGUGCCUAAUAAGCAGAUGAUCAAGACCGACGCCGUCCUUCCGGCCUAUUGCAACCCGCCUAACCCCUGUCCCGUUGGAUACACCGAGGAGCAAGGCUGCAUCAGCGAGUUCGAGAACACAGCAGCUUUCAGCCGCGAGUACCAGCUCGCCCAGCGCUGCAUGUGUGAUGGCGAACACAUGUUCAGCUGCCCGCCAACCUCCGACUCCGAUCUCGACCUCCACUUCCCAGAACAUCACAAGAACCUCGUCGCCAAGAAAUAUAUGCCCGGCGACGAGAAUCCCUAUUUGAUGGGCGAGCGCCUUCCUAUCGCCGCCAAAAAAGGUUUUGAAGUUAACGUCUACUAAAUACUAUCAGUCAAUAGUUGUUGAUGUUGUGUCCAUGAAGCUCACGAAGAAAAGUGAGCGUUGCUGACAGUUUCUGUUGUCGCCAAGACUCACUUCUCAUCAAGACUCAGAUAAUAUUAAUAUAGUAACGUGUAUUACCUACGUAUUGCUGCAGCCUCAUUUUAAGGUUUAGAAUAGAAUAUUUGAAAGUAAGGUAAAUAAAUUCAGCUCCGUUUCGUACUAGGCAUUGGUCAUGUGAUUGGUAAGAUGAUGCUUAUAAUUGCGGGUGUUUCUUUUAGGAAAAUUGGAUAUGAAAAAUUUAUUCCGUUUGACAAAAUUAAAACAACGCACAAAAGUAUCACAAAAAUCAUAUUUUUUCCUAAAUAAAAUAAAAUUUUACUGCCUUGUCACAAAAAAUAGACGAAUUGAACAUACAUUCAAUACAAAGUAGCUAAAUUCCCGACUCACAAUCGGAGCACAGUAUGGGCGUGUUCAACACUCGUUUAUUUAUUGGUACCAAAUGCAGCUAGUGGUUUUGAAGAUACACCCCUUGUGAGUACUUACAGAGGUGUUAACACGUGUCCAGCAUAUUCAUGUGAUCAAAGCUGUAUGUCGAAACGGUGCAUAUUUUUCCUGCUCAUAAGAAAUCGAGCAAAAGUAACAUCAACUGCAAAUAAACCUAAAUUAUUGGCAGAAUUUUAAAUUUAUAUUCGAAAUUGAUAAAAGGUUACUUGUUACUUGCCAGUACUUUGCUGUAGAAAAUUAAAAAUGUACAUAAAUGCAGUGGUCCCGAAAUAUGGUUGCGAUAAAUAAUAUUAAGAAGAGUAUGAUAAAAAAAUAGAGUUAGUCUUGCUUUUUCCUUAAACAAGACUUAUUCCUAGAUUAUUAUGCCAAAUUUAUUACGAAAUACAAAAUUCAAAAAAUAUGGCAUUAAAUGAACUUGAUAUUGAAACUAACAAACAUCAUAAACUCACGACUACAUUUCCAAUAUAUUGAAACGAACAAUUAUCGUUAUAACUACAUGCGGAGAAAACAUUCCAUACUUACAAGAGAUCUUUAAAAAACGACAAAAGACGAAUGAAAGUCUUCCAAAACUGUAUAUUUUGUAUUAGUCUUAUUUAUUUGCCAAUUUCAAAUUAUAUUAAUUUCUUUCGAUUACUUUUAAUUAUUUCUAUAAAUAAUUAAUUAAUUUCUCUUUUAACUUUAAUUUUAUCUUCUUAUGCAAUGAUGAUUAGUGGUGUGACGAAAUUCAAAAGGGACACAAAGAGCCCUAUGGUUUGAAUAUGUGAGAGACUGCGUGUACCUGUGUGUGUGUGUGUGUGUGUGUGCGUGUGUGUGUGUGUCUGGACGUGUGCAUUCAUGUUUGAGGGUAUGUUUGUGUGCGUGUCUGUAUGUUUGUGCAUGUGUGUUUGAGCGUGAGAGGAUGUGCGUGUGAGUGUGUGCGUGUUUGCGUUUAAUUUUGUAAAACAUUAAUUCAUAAUUAGGAGUCGUGUAUCUGAAUAAACUAGAUAUAUAAGUAAUUGUGUCUCCAAUCAAGUUGUAAGUUUAUUAUACCAGGUGAAAUAGUGACACCAUCACAAAAUAACAUACUCUGAAUCUUUGACGAACAUUUAUGUAUUAUUAUUAUUUUUUUUGCCUUAAAACCGCUUCGAGUUAUUGCAUCACAAAGUUGUCUCAAAAACAUCCACUAACGCUGAACAAACGCGCACCUCAACCCUAGAAUUAUGCCUACGCGUACGCACUAUUGACAUUCCUGAGGCUCCGCCACCUCGCACAGCACCCGUUCUGUUUUCAGUUAUUUUUUCACUUCAGUAACACUACUAUUUUUUUCUUAGGCGUAGAGUCGUCAAAACGCAAAUAGAACAACAGUAAAUUACACGAUCAGGUAGCAAAAUGUGGUAUCAAUUUAACAAACAAAACUUUCUGAUAAAGGGGCGGGUGGCAGUCCCGAAUGACCUCAGAUCGGCAAGCUGUAUUUCACCUUCUACCUCACGGGCCGCGUACGUUUAUACGGAAUGGUACCCAGAACUGGCCUUGAAUCUCUGAUCUGAGGCCAACAUAGCUUCAAGGGCUGUCUUCUUUGUCCAUUCUGUUUAGUAGGUUUAGUUUUAGGGCGAUUUCAUGUUUAGUAAAAACAAGUUAAAACUCCUAAAAAUCAAAAUAUUUAAUAAACAAAUCAACGAAAAAAUAUAAGUACUUAUCUCGUUUUAGUUUUUGUGUAGACUUACGUCUUGAUUGAGAAUAAUUAAUAUUUAUAUUAAUUAGUAUACCCAGUACUUAAUUAACGGAAACUAAAACUAACCGAAAUACUACGAGAAUAAAACGAAAGUAGUCUGUACAUAAGGUAGUCGGUGUUGUCAAUGUGUGUUAGUGUGAUUUAGGGAUAAUCUAAAGAUUAAAUAAGUAUUAUAUGUAAAAAUGCGUAUUUCACAUUGUUAUUUGGUAUAGACAAUUUCAUUCUCUGAUAUUUCCAUUUAAAAAUUACAAAGAGAAAACAAACAACACAAUCGUGAAGUUUAUUUUUAUUGACUUUUUUCAGAAGUUUUCAAUAUAUGAUGAUAUAGUACGGUUUUUAUGAACUGAAUCGUUGAAUCAUACAAUAGUAAUAAUAAUUGGUAAUAAUUUAUAUUUUAUACUUGUCUUCUUUUGCACAAAGAUGAGAAAUGUUGGGAGCGAUCAGUCAUUGGAAAUGUCUAUAUUAAAUAAUUAUAAUAUCAUAAAGUACAUCCAACCGAAGGCUGUGACUGUCACUUCUCUAGUCUACAUGAGUGAGACGGUAACACAGCGGAAUCAUUCAUAUACAUCAACUUCAUAGCUCUUUCAUAAUAUAUUAAGUCAUAUGUAUAAGUUGUAUAUAACAAUCAAGGAUUGAGUACCGCAAUGGGAUGCAAUAUGUAGUAGCAGUAUAAUUAUAAUAUUAUCUUCUCUAUUAAAAAUAAUAAACUAUAUGGGAUAAUAGGUUACGGUCAAGUUACUCCUAUAAAUAAAUAUAUAUAUACUUCCAUAAUUAAAUAUGUUAUUACACAUGAUGAUACAAAUAUUCAACAUAUAUUAUGUACAUAUGUUUACCUACAUAUUUAAAUCAUUAUAUUUCAAUACAUUACUUAUAUUCACAUAUUACAUCCAAAAACGUGCCCCACACUUUAUGACCUUAACGUGUCCUAACUAUAACUUGGGAUUUGUCGAAAUCAGUGUGGGUCUUUCGAUAGAUUAGUAUAAACAUAUUUAAGUACUAACAAAUUUAACUAUGUUAUGUACUAACGCUAUCUGUGUAUUAUAAGUAUUUAAGGUUAGGAUUAGGCUCUAAUACGGUGUCUUCCUAGUAUAGAGGGUGUCACAAGACAGUUGUGCUAUGAACAGACAGAAACCUGCUAAGACCACAAUCGAGUCGAAACAUUUCGAUAAUGAAUCAAUUGUACUGACACCUUGUAUACGUACAAGUUUGUUUACGCACAAACAAUGAUUAUAAUAUAUAAUUUAUUAAAAUAAUAAUAAUUUAUAUCAUUACUUUGUUUGUUUCAAUUAUAAGUAGGUAGUUGAGUUGUACUUUAAAUUUCUUUUUAUUAUAUUUUUCGGCAGCACUGAAUACAUGCAUGCAAUUUUAAGGUCGCUCGUUUAUUGAGGCGCACAGUUUCAUUACACACGUGUUCUCAACUCAAUUUAUAAAAUUAAAACCUAAGACUGAUCAUCCAUCGCGACAUAUGGCCAUUCAAAGAGUGAGGUGUACAAUGACAAGCUAUCAAAUCGGAAAAGCAGCAACGGCUUUGAAACAAAAGCUGAGCGGAGCCAUAUCUACUCACACUUACUUCAUAAUUGCUGUAGUCACAGCCUCGUCACAGCCGAGUAAAGUCCUCUUUUGUACAGUUUGCGUUCUAUCACACUAACAAACGCGCGUCACUGAAGAUGAUGCGUAAGAGCACAUCAUCAUGUUUUAGCUGAGCGUGUAUAAUCUCAUCGUGCGCCGCAAGAGACGAACGUCUUAACUAUAAUUUAAGAGGUGUAUAGGUUCCAUCGUUCCUAAAGUACAACAUUUUUUUAAGAACUUAAUUAGUUUUAGGAGAUUUGCAAGCGUGUUUUCAUUGCUGAGAUUAUUUUAUGUAAUAGGAUAAGUUAAAGUGAAAUUGUACUAUAUAAAAACGUAAUAAACGACGCGAACGUGUAAAUCUAGUCAAAACGAGUAGUUGUAUAUAUUAGGUAAUAAAUACAAAAAAUAUAUUUUUAUAAAAAAAAUAACGCCACUUUGUUGAUUUCGUGCUGUGCUGGUCAUCAUUAAGUUUAAGUUUUAAUAAUAAGUAGGUUAAGUAUUAUAGAUUCCCCUAAUGAUGGUGAUGAAUAUAUACCUAUAUAAUAAGAAUUGCUUAGUACUAACAUUCAUGUUUAGGUUUUCCCAGGAUAUCUAGUAUGAUUAUUAAAAUAUUCUAGGCAGGAAUAACAAAAUUCACCUCACUACCUCACUAUGUCUACUAUUCGGCUACGAGUUUCAGACAUUAUGAUAAUAACGUCAAGAUUCAUGGAAGACUGCUUGUGCCCUACCGUACUUCUGUAUAUACUGUAGAAGGAAACAGUCUGUCUAAAAAUUAUAAAUUUCGUAUAAAAACUCAUUAUCUAAUUAAUAUUUACCCCAUAUAUUCUUAGGUCUGCUUACCUAACCAGAGGUUAUUGACAGGCGCAAGUUGUUUAACUGAAGUGAUUGUUAUCUCACUUUCUAACCCGUGGGGGAGGAACCUAAUAAAAUCAGGUUAGGUAACAUGCCCUCGAUAAUAUUUUUACCAGGGUUUCAUCACGAUUUGUCCUAUCAGCGUUGUUAGCAUAUCAACCUAUGGCCUAAAAGUAAGUUCUCAAAACAGGCACUAAGUUAAAAACAUCAGAAAAUCUUUUACAUUAAUCGAAGUAGCCACGUCCAUGGCGCUAUUCACAGAAUACAAACACCGGUAUAGCCCCAUACCCAGAAGAACUUAAGAUUUGAGAAUUAUACUGUUGAAAAUGAAGGGAUUACAAAACCAUGGAUUUUUCAGGAAUAUCCAUAAAAAUAUACAGUAUUUAGGAAUGUACUCGUAGCUUCACACUUUAUUCAAAUUCUGUUUCCAUAUCUUCAAAAAUAACAAUUUUAAGCAUAAUAAUAAUGUUAAUAUUAUGUUGUGUUAUUAUGUAUGUGAUAAUUUUAAGAUAUAACAUCGUUACUCAGUAAUCAUCAACUAUUUUUAAUUACCGCUACCUAUCUAGGAAUAGGUAGAGAUUUUUAGGCAGACAUUUUCUACCAAUGUAUGUGUGAUCUUUGUAGGUAUAAAUAAGGCAUCGUUCAUUAGAUUAUAGGGUAUUUUAAUACUUCAGCAAAUGUUAAAGUUUGCAAAUUGACAUAUUAAAAUUGAAGAACCGAUUUCCGAUUCCGAUCAAAACGAAAAUAAUACAAAUUGAAAAAUCUAUUAAGUACGAGUUGUAGGAAUCGAUAGAACUUCUUCUAAGCCGGCUAUAUGCAGACGCAGGGUUUUUUUCUGCAUAGUCACGAAACCGACUUCGGCGUGUAAGUCCUUUUACAUUUCCAUGUUUGGUUACACAUUUACACUGCAUGGUCAGCUAGCUGCCCAACACCCCAUGUGUCCUAACAAUACCUUAAAUUCGCAGUUUAUUUUUAUAUUUCGAAAUCCAAAACGAUUUCAAAAACACCCACCUAAAUUGUAAGGUACCUUACUAGGUAAAUGUAAAGUAGGAACGCAUUUCCCAACGUAAAAAAAGUGUAACGCUAACCUAUUCCAAACGUACUUUUACUGAAUACCACAACGUUAUCAUAUUUAUAAUUAAAUCUAAUCUAUUUAAAACAACACUUUCCGCCCUACAAGUAGUUGCUGAAGUAUUAAAAUAAAUUAACUAUGUAAGUAAUUCCUACGCAAUGAAGUGGCGAAAAAAUAUAUAAAAAUACAGUUUCAUCAAAAUUCAUCAUUAUUAUACAACAGAAUACCUACAGCAUCACCUACAUAAAAUAGGCAUAUUAUUACUAAUACGGAUAUGAUAAUGACCAUAAUACCUCUCAUUACUUAAGUACAAUCGUAAUACAAAUGGCAGAAUAUCAUCUCUAUUAUGUUUUAUUAAAGAUCGAAUUAUAUAGUUAAGUUAAAUUUAAUUUUGUAAACCUUUAUUAUUUUGUAUCGAAGCAAUGUUUUUUUAGUUGAAUCAGGUACAAACAUAACUUUAGGUUAAUAAUUUUCGAUUUUCAUAUUUGUCAUUCCAAUAAUUUAUAAUGGUUUUUUAUUAUGUUGUUUAAAUGUUAAUUUAGAUUGUUUCCUAUUUUAAAAGUAUUACAUGCAUUUACUUAAAUAAAAAUUUAGAUAGACUAGUGGGUAAUGAAGAAUAUCAAGAAAUAGAUCAUUACGCUCAUUAUCAUAAUCAUCAUCUGAUCUCAUCACUAGUCAUUUUAAAUGUAUAUUAUUUACUAUAAGUGUAUACAGAAUAAGGAAAAAUGUAGACUUUAAAUUAAAGGCAGCAUUAUUAAUAAUACAAUUUAUAGUUACAAUAAUAGAGAGAACAGCUGGGGAAGAAAGUUAAUCAUUCAGUAAUCUCGUAAAGGGACAAUAACUUUUUUUCUUAAUCUCUUCUUUUCCUAUACUUACUUCUCUAUUUCUUCACUAUACCUAUCUUCGGUUCAAAAUUUGAAUAAAUAAGGAACUAGUUUUUUUUUAAUAAGGCUGUGAAUAUAAAUUAUGAGCGUUGGCGAAAAUUAUAAUAUUUUCUGGCAGCUUGGAGGAGUUUCGCCAAAACUCUUUUAUAUAAUGAAGUCGGAAUAGAAUUUUCUUAUUUAUACUUUUUCAAUAAGUACGUGCAUAUCUGGGGUAUUAUUUUUUUAAAUAAUUAUUCACUUUUAAAUCCGUUUUGCAUUUCUUCUUCUGUCAGAACUGAACUUCCUUUCACGUUAUCUUUUAAAGUAAAAUUAGUUAAUUAAGGGCAAAUGAAACAAAAGCGUCGAAGUGAUUUUAUUUAAUGGGUAAAUUAGGUGUAAAUAAAAAAAUCAUCUCCAGAUCAUGCUAAACUCAGAUACAAGCCGUGUUACUGUAUCUACAUAAUAAAUACUCAUCACACAAAUAAAUAUGCGAGUUGUAUCGUCAAAGAUACAAUGAUGCGUUACUUAAAUGUAGUAAAUAUAUUUAUCUUUAGAUAAAUAUAUUUAUCUUUAGUAAAUAUAUUUACUACAUUUAAGUAACGCAUCCAAUAUAAGCCUAAAGGCUUCGGUGCCAUGCUCCUCCAAAUAUCAAUAAGUACGACGUUGUCACAUCAGAUUUUUACACUACAUGUGGGGGUUUCUUUAAAGAAAAUGGUUUCGAUAUAAACAUCAACGAAAUACCUCGCAUAUAAUUAUACACAACAUAGCAUAACGCGUGUACCCCCAAGUGCGAAAUCUGAUGUGAAAAUUCUAACGUAGUUGGGUUGGGCUAUUACCAAACAUGCGAAAUAGCAGUAACGUCAGAACCGAACCGCAUAUCUUAAUGAAAUAUACGCAAAAAAAAAUCCGAUUUUGUACUUAAAUGUACUUAAACUAAGAAAAUAUGUACUUAAAAGCUUUAAGAUUAUGCGAUACUACACGGUUCUGACGUUCACGAAAUAGCACGGCUUGCGGCGUAUGCAACCAAACUGUACCGAGAAGAUGCGCUUGCGCAUGCGAAUAGUAGGUAAUUAAACUUGAUAAAAAAAUUCGACUAAUAUAGCCUCACGGAAAUUCUUAAAAUAUUACAUUAUUCAUUAUAACAUGUACUUACUCUCAUUAUAUUAUUUAAGCUAAGAUACUGUAUACCGGCCAGAUUUACCGGCAAGUUUAUGUCACAAAAAUAACUCUCAGACUAUUCCGAGCGUAACUUGCCGGUAAAAAUAACCGAUUUAUAAUAUCAAACUUGUAAUUUUAAUUAAUUCUUGUAUUACAUGAGAUUAAGUAGGACUAGUGUCAAAGACACCUAAUACUAUGUAUCUUUAAAGUAAGGUAGUAAGGCCAAUCGGGCUAAAAUACGGCAUUCAGACCAAAGACAAUUUUAAUUUACGAGGGUUGAACGAGCAAAAGUAUGUCUCUUAUAAAUACUAUUCUAUUUACAUAAUAAUAAAAAAUAUAAACACAACUUUUCCAGAUCAGCGAGCCUUAUAAUCCACUUAAAUAAGUUAAAAGAUGGCAUAGCCAAACGCAGAUCGGUCAAUAAAAAAAAUACUUAAUCGAAAUCUGAGCAAACCCAGAUAUUUAUAAUAACCCGAUGCUUGUCAUAUAUUGCAACUCUAGUCGUACCAAAACCAAAAAUAUUUAUUUUUAUCUUUUAAAACUAAUCUUUUAUUUCCACUUCCUAAAUAUUUUUUUCUUCUUCAAAGACCGAUUGGUCAUAUUGACUACCUCCUCAUAUUAACUUAUGUAACUUAAAAGACUUACGCUUUCUAAUUGUGCGUCCCGUAACCUGUAUAUUUUCUUUACGUAUAACCUAAUUUGUUAAGUACCUAUUUAAUAAUCCCUAAUGAUAAUUUUGGUAGAGGUUUCGCACGAAAACGAAGGUUUAAAGAAAGCAAAGGAUUAGAAGUUAAUAUGUUGUUGUAUGGCUUUAUGUUUAUAUGCAGGGUGAAAUGUUUUAAUUACAUAAAUGUACAAACUCACGCCUAUUUCCCACCGGGGUAAGCAGAGACUAUGAGAUUCCAUUUGCUUCGAUUCUGGCACAAUUCUAUUAAUGUUAAUGUAAUUAACGUUUUAAAUCUUAAAACUAGGUGAGUGACUGAUUAGUUGACGAACCUACAAGUAUUUCAGCGCACAACCGCUCUGGAACUAAAAGUUUUUUUUGCGUAAAACUUCUACUUAUUAUAUAAGACACAAACUCUGAAGAUGGGUUUUAUAAAUUCGUCCACUAAAGGGAUAAAAGAGAUUCCACGCAGACGAAUUCGCGGGCACCAGCAAAUUUUAUUUUAAUCAUUUUUCCCUCAAUAAUAGUUAAAUUACAACAAAUUAAAACGUUUUUCCCUGUAUAUUUCAUUGAAAAAAUGUAUAUUCCUAUGUAAUUUCUGUAUAUUUCUAUAUGUUGCAUUGUUAUAGUUUAAAAAUAAUAAGGGCUGUACUUUUUGUAUGAAUGUCUUUCAUCCCUCGUUAUUUAUUCUAUCUUAUAUAUCGUAUUAGCGGGCGUAACUUUAUUCGUGUUAGAUGCUAAGUUUAAGGGAGUUUUAAGUUGUACAAUAUCAACAUUCUCUUGUAAUUAGGCAAUACUCAUGUAAAUACAAAUAAUGGCGAUGCUUUGGCUACUUAAUUCUUAGAUUUAAAAUGCGUCAAACGUAUAAUCAUAGCUUAUAUCAUAGUCAUCUAGUAUUAAGGAAAACGCACCGUGACGGCCAUUAAAAAGGAUAGCGAAUGGCUAAAUAGGAUAAGUCUACUUAGAUUUGUAUGUUAUGUUACGAUAAGAUACUGUUGUAAAAAAACAUUCAAAACUCAUCUUAAUAUUAAAAUAUUGCAUUUGAAGAUCUCUAUUAAUUUACUCUUCAUUAGUGAAUAUACUAUUUCUUUUUAUUAACAAGGUGCAUUUGGUGAGGGGAGCGUGACAAUUCUUGGUCACUCACUCACCUAUUUUAAGAUCUCUCUCGCCAAUUGCAGGCUUCUAAGCAGAUCAAGACAUGACCUGACAAAGCCAAAGAUACGCGACCUAUGAUAUGCAUUGUGAACAACUAUGAUAAGGUAAAAAGAAACGGAGCAUCAAUGUUCUGCUACAAAAAAAUAAAUGUUUUCUAUCCUAACAUAGGUAACUACAACACUCCGAACCAAAUCUUCGUUAGUCUACUUGAGAAGAUAAUUUAUACCGUCACGAAAAUUGGCACCGUCUCGUCUGCUCAGUAUAGAGUUAAGAUUUUAGGAAAGAAAUUAUAGUAUCUGCGUACAAUAAUUUGAUGUACCUACAUCAACAUUGUGUAUUUUUAUUGGCUUAUUUUAUUACUAAAACCAGUUGGCAUUUAUUGAAUAGUUAAUUAUUAAUAAUAGAUAUAGAAUACUGGCGGAUAUAGUUGAUGCCAAUAAGUAUAUUGAAGCUAAAGCAUAUUACGAGUAGCUGUACAUAGUCAUUGAUGUGAAAUCAUGUUAGUAGUAUUACUUAUUAUCAUUUAGGAAUAAGUAAACAUGACAUGCAUUGCAGCAAAGUUUCUUCAUUAGAUAUAUAAGUCGAUAAAAUUGAAAUAUGAUUUAAUAUGUAAUAUAGAUAAAGCUAUUGCUUGUUACGAACGAAUUUAAUAUGAAUGUGUUUCAAUUUAUUUAUUAUCAAGUAAGUUAACCAUUUUUGAAAUAAGAAAACAAUUUCGCCAAGUUAAAACGAUAAUUGUUUAAAUACACCUUAUACAAAACAGGCACGAGGGAAUGCCUAUAAAAAUCUUAUAAAGUUUAUGACCACUGCAAUUCAUAAUAAACAUAUGUUAAUGUAUAUGUACAGUGACCAUCAAGCGUUAGGAACAUCCGACUCGGCAACGUGUAGGUGCUUAAACAAAAAAAAAUCAAAAACUUAAUAAAAAUAUUCCUAAAAGAAAUUUUGUACUACUGCGAUUUUUUACAAGAUAUCUAUAUUUUUAUCUGGAAAUAGAAAAUAUAUUUACAUACCUUUAUAUACUCUUAGAGCACCUAAUGUAUAAAACGUUGCAAUUUUGUAACUGUAAUGCGCAAUACACACCAAAGCCGCCGACCCGCCGACGCAGCCCGCCGACACAACCCGGCGACGACGAAUCAUGUCGGCAACAUUUUGGCGAUGCCGACUUGCGUAAUCUACGUGCACCGUUUCCCAGCGAUACUUAUAUUUUCCAACUUGCGAUGAGUGAAGCUGCCGACAAAAUGUUGCCGACAUCAGUCAGCGGGUCAGCAGAUUUGGUGUAUAUUGCGCUUAAGGACGAAAUAUUUUAAAGAAACUCUGACUUUUACAUCUUUUAGCGUAAAAUCAACCAAGCCAAAUCCAAACGAUUGAAGUACUAAAACAAUAUGAUCUAAAGGGUUGUGAUGGGUUACAAGAAAGGAGCCUUCACAAAUGACGUACUAUUACUUCGUUACGUCCGGCGUACCGUGGGCAAUCUGCAAAAAUAUCCCACGCAGAUUGGCUAAUCCUUUCACCAUGACAGUAAUUAAAAAUGUCUGGGUUUUUAAUUAAACACCAUUCCACCUGAGUGACGACUAGUGGGACUAGCCCACUAGUCCCACGCCUAACCUCCCAAGGUUCCAUGGUUCCAUCUUUUUGGUGAUCUAUAGCAAAAACAUUUAUCUGGCUAACAUGCGGUUGACAAAAAAUUAUGCGUAACAUUAUCUUUCCAAAAAAUAUAAUAUAAAUUUACGGUUUAAAAUGAGGGUUGAUGAAGCUGGUAUUCCACCUCACAAGCCACACGACAAGAAAAAGGACGGUUAAAAAUGAAAACAGAAUCGAAAUUCGUUGAAAUUUUUACUUAUGGGACUAAGAUUUCUCCCUCUGCUGAAUUGACCAUGAAUAUCCCUGGCGUUAGAUAUUAUUAAAAAACUGACUUCAGAUUUGUCCUUAACGUGAUCACGUGAGUAGAUUGAUGCAUUAAAAAACAAAAAGUCAACUGCAUUAUUGUAACUUUCUCCUGGAAACUCCUACAAUUUGGUAAUUAACAAUUGUAAACGCGUAAUACACAGAUUCGUGUGCCGUGUGGUGUCCGGCACUAAAAGAAUAGCACCAACCUCUAUCUUACCGAGGUGUCGUAAAAGGCGACUAUGGUAAUACUCAGAGCAAUAUCACCCCGCUCUAAUCGCCAUAAUACUUACAGUUUGACAAGUAUCGCUCACUUUGUAGGUAAUAUGACAUAGUGACGUGACGUAUGGUGCCCGGCACAACAAAGAAUAGCACCAACAUCUUACACACUGAGAUGUCGUAAAAGGCGAUUAAGGUAAUACUCAGAGCAAUUUCAUCUGGCUACAGUUCAAAACACUUACAGUUUGACAUCGCUUCGCUCAAAUUGUACAUAAAAUGACACCCACAAGACCGAUAAAUAUUAUUAUACGUUACUGAAAUAAUACAUGCAUAAAAAUAUUCUAGAAAACGGUACGAUGACUAGAAAAAAUAUUAAAAUUAUGAUAUGAAAUCUUGAACUAUAGCCACAUAAGACCAUUAAGGUAAAAAGUGUAACUCGAAUGUAAUUCAGAUUUAAAAUUACUUAAACCUAAUUUGAGAAGUCAUGUUCUUAUCUUUACUACCGUACAAAUUCAAAACCAGGUUAUGAUACUUGUUAUAUUUUGAGAACUGGAAACCUACGGAAAAAUAGUAAUAAUAAAAAAAACAGAAAUAGUUAUAGCUAGCACGAGGUGAACACAACUACCCUAAGUUGACAAACAUAAAAAAUAUGCGUCACAUUGUCUUUCCAAAAUAAAACUAAAUUGACAGUUAAGUAUGAAAACAAAACCGAAAUUCGUUGAAAAUUACAAUAGUUACGUGACUGUGAAUCUUGCAAUAUAUUGAGAACUAAAUGCACAAGAAAGGUAAUUAAAAUAAAUCAUCUUGAGAAUUAAUAUACAAGCCCCUUUCUACCACCUGACCAGAAUGCAGUUUGGUGUUCGACACAAUAAAUAAUAGCACCAACCUUUUUCUUUCCAUCGUGUCGUACUUAUAAAACCAAAAUGAAAAUCCGAGUGAUACCUUCUUGUUAAAGUUGGUUAAAUUCACAUUGUGCUUAAUUAAGCAACUAUAACAACUACAUUCAAUUUAACUUUUUAUAAGCUGGCUGGCCAAUUAAUGUCGCCUCAUAGACCGGUAUCUAUAGCAUUCCACCUAAGCAGAACUAGGCGUACUUAUAUCUUCAUCUUCUUGUUGAUUUACCAACCACAGUCAUUGCUUAUAGUGACAAUGUCACAAGAUGUGUUUACUAUUUUCUUAAAAGGAUACGGUUCAGGUUCGAGGGCAGGCCGUCGUAUGAUAAUACCACCUCAAGAAUUAGGUGCCGUGGCAACAAAAAUCAACAACAAGGUGUUGACGACACUAACAAUUUAUAAACAGCGCUAAAUAUCUAAAUUUUAUCACUUCAAUUUCAAAAAGUUCAUCAGAACAGUAGGCUGUCUAUCCCAGGUGUCUUAGCAUUCUUCAUCCUCGCUAGUGCGGCAAUAAAUUCAUCAAAGGUUGGUGGUUCCGCUAGAUGUUCAGCGGUUGGUAGACUUUGCAGAGAGUUUAUGUACAUCAAGUCGGUGGUCUGAUUACUGGGAUUUAGAACGUCAUUGAAAUGUUCUACCCAACGGGCUAAUACGUCUUUCUGGUCAGUGAUUUGUUGGGUCUUGUUGGGCCGAAAACAGACUUGAGACUCUCGAAAAAUCUGCCAGAUUUGUUGAUAUCAGCAUAAAGCUGUAGUUCGGUAGCUUUAUCCACCCACCACUUAUCUUUGAGAAUGCGCACUUUUUCUUUCAGGCUACGAUGAGCUUUCCUCCGCUCAGAAGCAUCUGGUAGGAGAAGAGCGCGUCUGUGGUCCUCUACGAGCUUCUUGAUUUCUAGUUCGGAAGCAUCAAACCAAUCUUGGUUUUUCCGUCCCGGUUUACCAAUAACUCGCAGAGAACAAUCAUGAAGAUGUUCGGCAAAUGAACGCCAUCUUUCAUUGAUAGUCGCGUCUUCUGCAAUUUCCGCCAUAUCGGCACUAAAAGCAUCAUCUAGUUCCUCUGCUAGAUGCUUGUUGUGGAUUAACUUUUCACAGUCUAUCUUCGCUGGGAUUUUGUGAGCAGCUCGACGUGGUGUUCUUAAUUGCAACCGCAGUUUGGUACGAACUAGUCGAUGAUCAGUCCAGCCCUGGGCACCCCUCAUCACCCGAGUGAUUAGUAGUUCGCUGAGGUCUCUCUUGCGUACUAUCACAUAAUCGAUUUAACCACUUACAAUCGUGACGAAGUUUCCCCCCUCUACUGUAUUUAACCAUGAAUAUCUGGCGUUACAUUAGAUAUUAUUGUAAAACGGACUUCAGAUCUGUCUUCAGCAUGACCACAUCAGUAGAUUGAUACAAUGAAAAACAAUCAUCAACUAUAUAGUAUUGCAACUUACACCUGGCUUUAUCAACCACUUACAAAUCGAGAAAUGACUAAUGUAAUUGCGUUAUACAUAGGCAUAAUAAAAACAGCUCAAACCUCUUUCUCACCGAGGUCUAGUAAAAAGCGACUAAAGUAAUAUUCAGACCGUUUAUUUGACAAGUACUGCUCCAUUUGUAGAUAAUAUGGCGUUAUCAGGUCCCGUUUGGUAUCCAGUACACAAAAAUAGCGCCAACUUCAUGCUUUCUGAGGUGUCGUAAAAUAAUACUUAGGAUACAAUUAGAGCUGUACCACUUCAUUUAAAUUAAAAACUUGGGGAAGUCAUGUUCUAAUGGAAAUGCUUAUACCACCAAACCAGCGUGUCGUAUGAUUUCCGGCACAACAAAGAACGAUACCAAUCUCUUGUUUACCGAGGUGUCGUAAAAAGCGACCAAAGAUAAAAUUAGAGCUAUAUCACUCUACUCAAAUUAUAGGUAAUCUGGUGCAUUUACUUGUACUUUGUUAAAUCAUUUUCAAAUGUAAAUGCUUAAACCACCAAACCAGCGUGCCGUGUGGUGUCCGGCACAACAAAGAAUAGCACCAACCUCUUGCUUACCGAGGUGUCGUAAAAGGCGACUAAGGUAAAAUUGAGAGCUAUAUCACCCUGCUCUAAUCGCCAUAAUACUUACAGUUUGACAAGUACCACUCAAUUUGUAGGUAAUAUGGCGUUGUGACAUGCCGUGUGGUAUCCGGCACAACAAAGAAUAGCACCAACCUCUUUCAUACUGAGGUGUCGUAAAAGGCGACUAAGGUAUAUUAUUAGACCUAUAACACCCUACUCAAGUUAUAAGUAAUCUGGUCCAUUAACUUAUAAUUUGAGAAGUCACGUUCUAAUGCCUAUACCAUCAGACAAUUGCCAAAAUACUUACCGUUUGACGACUCCCUCUUCUGACAGACCUCCGCCCCUUUUAAAUUGUAAGUAAUAUGGCGUUGUCGUGUGCCGUGUGGUGUCCGGCACAACAAAGAAUAGCACCAACCUCUUUCUUACUGAGGUGUCGUAAGAGGCGACUAAGGUAAAACUCAGAGCAAUACCACCUUACGCAAAUUGUAAGUAAAAAGGGCUUAAUUUUACUUACAGUUUGUUCUGCUCUAAUCAGCAAGCUACUUCAAUCAACAAUAUAUCACAAAUUAAGUAAAAAUAAUUACUAAGAAUACAAAUAAGCCUAACAGUAUUCACUACUUUCCACCAAGGUAGGGUUUGUACUCGGUGUUGGUUUUCAUCUGGUUGUAGUUUCACCAUCUAAGAAAGAGAUAGAUAACAUCACGAGUUCUCGAACUUCCACCGCCACUUAGAUUGAGCUGAUUGAGCCUUGCUUGAUGUAAAUUUCCCAUGAGACUUAUUCGCGUACAAAUAGGUAUAUUAUAUUUUUUUAUCCCUCUAUUAACAGUCUUUCGCACCUAAUCCCAUUGCAACUCGGCUGAAAUUUCGAGGUAAAAUUAUUAUAAUUUGUUUGUUACACCUUUCUAUACUUUUUAUAAAUUUAUGGUUGUAUAGGCGACUCACACUCAGUGGCGCAAAUAGGAACAAAUAUUUACAAUGGCCUACGUAGCAUUAUUUGUACGAAAUCUGCAUCUAACAGUGAGGUGCGCAGUUGGGUGUAGUGAAAACAAAUCAUGCAAUGUUUGCGAAUAUUUGCUGCGGCGUGUGGCACUGUGUUUGAUACGCCCAUGGAUGUCUAAGCUAAGUUCCUACAAGAUAUUCAGUUAAAAAAAAUCAAAAUCAUUUAUUUAACAUCAUUAUCAAAGACAAACUUAUAACUACUUUUGGCCGUUUUUUAAAUAAUUGAAAUAAAUACUACUUUUGGGUUUUCGGAAAGAAUCUAUAAAUAUGUCGGUUGAAAUUAAUUAUAAUUUAAAUAACUUUACAGAACCAGGGUUUUAUAGUUUUUAUAACAUCAGUAAAAUAACAUUUUGGCUAAUAAGUUUUUUUUUUUCAUUAAAUGAGUUCAUUAGCCACUUAAUGGAAAAAAAAAAUUACAUAGAACGAACAGAAAAUCUUCGAUUCUCAUACUACAUCACACAUCGUCACAAUCAGCUUAAUGUAAAGGGUACGAAGCUUAAAUUGAAAAAAAACGGUUUGGAUUCUUCUUUUAUCACACUACCUUUUGUUAGUCUUCAACCUUUAACGUAAUGACAAAAUUUAAAUCUCUCAUACAAAAUUAAACAAGAGUUUCUUUAAAAUUGUUCACCUUUAUUUGUUAAAACCAUAAACGAAAUAUUUACAUCAAAGACCCUUUAUUGAAAGUCUAGAUUUUAUUUCAUCAAUAAAGGGAUAAAAUUGUAAAACACAGUGUCUAUACUAUGUUCCGUGGCCUGAACACGAGUCUUCUAGCGUACCUAAGUAUUUGAGUAAGUAUUUAUGAGGGGAGACGGCUACCACGAGACGUUAGUGAAUUCGUGCUUAGACCGCAAUCAGUUGUAUAUAUAAGGGCUUCUUCACAUGUUUUAUAAGCGUGCGUCGAAGACUUUAGCAACACAUCCAGGUAUAAUAAGCAUUGAAGACCAACUUCAAGAAAGUCUGCAAAGAAACUGAUAAAUUUCACCAUAUGUUGCCCGCAUAGCAAAUAUAGUUAGUUUAUUUAUCGUGGACAAUCUUCAGUUCAUAUAAUGUUAUGUUAAUAAUUCGAAUCUACCUCUUUAAGAUCCCGCAGCCAAAAUUUCAACCGGCCGUCUUAGUCUGUGUCUGCUUUGUACCUAAAUCUUUAAUUAUUUCCGUUACAUAAUGUACUUAGCUUUUAUUUUUAAGGAAAUUUCGAUGCCAAAACUGACCGUGGUGCUGAUUAUUGAAGAUACUAAAUUAAUUUUAAUUUAGUUUGAUAGUUCUAAAACUAGAUUUUUCUCUGUCUUGAACUUGUCAUAAGUAAAGGACAGCGCUAUUUUUAGAGCUAUCAGACUAAAAUAAAAUGAGGUUAUAUCUGCCAGAGUCGGCACCACAAUUUUGUUGACUCUAAAUUAUUUGAUACCAUUAUGCCGGUUAACCAUUGGGGUAUGACGUGACUAUACUCACGUAUACCUACUCUGUAAGUUUUAUAUGAAAAUGAGGGACCGCACAUUUUCAUAUAAGUACCUCGCACACACACCGCGCGCGGGUACUGCAGCCAGAGGUGCGUACGUGGCGUGUGCGUGAGAAUUGUACCCCAAUGGGUGACCGGCUUUAUGUUCAUACGGCUACUAUCAAACAUUUCGACACGCACUUGUCAGUUUUUCACCAUUGUAUCUUUAUUAUACUUGGAUGUGUGUCACUGAGAACUUAGAAGACCUGUGUUACUGGUGGGAGGGCCUUGUGUGAACGGCCCGACGGAUAGGUACCACCCUCUCACCUAAUUCACGUGUUUAAGGUAUUGUAAAAUAUAGACACAUCUGAAUGAGCUGAGACAGCCAGCAAUGUUACCGGCACAGGAGACAAAACAUCUAAGUCUCACAGGAGCAGCGCAUUUUCAACUAUACUUUCUCUGUUCCAAAAGUUGCAGAUGCGAUCAAACAGUCAUCCCUGUUUUGACCCAUCACCGUGAUCAUCAGAUGAUCUCUCUCUGAUGAUCGCGGUUAUUCAAGACGACUUCCGUGGUCAUCUCCAAGAUGAUUAUGGACGUCGUCACCGAUCCGAUGACCCGUUUUCCUGCUCCUAAUUAAUCUCUUAGUUAAGUUCUUAGUUACAUCACUUUGUAUAUAGGUAAGAUCCGACAAGAUCCCGAUUGGGUGGGUGAUACCCGUAUUAAUAACUAUCAUUAACAGUUAUUAAGAAGAUGAAUAAAAUAACAAGAAAUAAAAGAACAUUUGUAAGUAUGUAUAGAAAACCAUGUAUAAUUGAAUAGGCGGCGUAAACUGAGGCUGUAGCAAUACCACUUUAUAUGAAUAUCUUUCUAUUUUUCCGUUAUUAAAUAAAGUGACUUAUAUCUCUGUGUAAAA